UAGACCGGCAGUAGUCGGGGCUCGUGUUGUGCGUCGUGAUGGAUUUCCUCAAGGAUCUGAACCAACCGAAGGUGUACGAGCUGAAGAAGGCGUUCUGUUUGUUCGAUCUCGACGGUGACGGUGUGAUUAGCGAGCAGGAUCUACGGAACACCUUCCUGACGCUCGGUGUGAACAAAUCGGACUACGAUAUCGAUGCCAUGUUCGAUGGGGUAGUGCAGCCACUAAAUUUGGACGUGUUCCUGCUGCUAAUUCUCCAGCGCGCGAACGGGCUGGCCCCGCAGGACGCCAUGGUCGGUGCAUUCCGUAUGUGGGACAAGGCCAACGUCGGCUACAUCGACAAGGAGCGCUUCAUUAGGGAUAUCACAACGUUCGGCGAUCGGUUUACGGUGGCGGAAGCGAAGGAAGCGCUCGAGGACGCGGUCAUCACACGCGGACCACAGCUCAACGCUGACGGCCAGCUGAUGGAGAAGCUCGACUACAUGGACUUUGCGGAGAGCAUUUCCGGGUUCCAGAAAACGGACCACAAGUGAACCGAGACGCCGCUCCGCGAAGAGAUCAUAACGUGAUCAACGGAAGCUGCAGAAAGGAGCAGAAUGGGAAAGAGAAUUAUUGGAAAAUUGGAUCAAGUUCAAAUGAACUUUUUUUUUUCAGUGUUCUGAUUCUCUGAUU